GCGAGAAGAGGUCGGCAGCCACAAAUCUGAUCCGGAUUCUGGACCAUCAGCAGGAGCAUCAUGGAUGUUUCUACUCACAGCCUCUUCCUCCUGCAGCAGCUCAACAUCCAGAGAGAGUUCGGCUUCCUGUGCGACUGCACCGUCGCCAUCGGAAACGUUUACUUCAAAGCCCACCGCGCCGUCUUGGCGGCUUUUUCCAACUACUUCAAGAUGAUCUUCAUCCACCAGUCCAGUGAGUGUAUUAAGAUCCAGCCAACGGACAUCCAGCCCGACGUCUUCAGCUACCUCUUACACAUUAUGUAUACUGGCAUGUGUCCCAAACAGCCUGUGGACCAGAUCCGCCUGCAGGACGGGAUCAAGUUCCUCCAUGCCUACCAGCUCUGCCGGAAGCCUGGCGAGGGUGCAGCUGACACGCCCACCGAUGUGGUCCGCAUGUCCAACCUGUACGGGAUCCAGAUUUCCUCUCAGCUGGCCAGUAAGGAUGCAGCCGGUGUUCAAAAGAGCACAGCAGUAUCCCAAGCAGCUCCAGAGGAUGGCCGCUCAUCCAGCCGUGGGACAAGGUCCCACACUCAGCUGUCUCUCGCUGUUGGCCUGGAAAGCAUCUGCUCAGACCACCAAGUGUCAGCGCUACGCAACGUCUGUUCUGUGGCGUCCGGAGACGACUCAGACAUUUCCACCCGCAUCAAGCAGGAGCAAGUGGAGGAUGAGGAAGUGGAGGACAGGGACGGAGAGGAGGGGCGAGGGGCAGGGUCACUAUCCCCCACACAGGACAACAGCCCCACCCAGGACCUCCUAUUUAAGGACAGACCCCUGGCGCUGCUGUGUCCACGUUGCGGCGAGCGCUGCUCCUCACCGGAGGACCUGCGGGAGCACCUGUUUAGCCACGCCCUGGAUCCUGGCCUGUCACAGUGCAUCCACUUGGAUGCUGGUGUAGACGAGGUCCAGCGAGGUUCCCACGAACAGCUGGAUGAUGGCUGUCUGGAGGAGGCUCUGAGACAGAGCCAGGCGCUGGCCAACCAACUGGCUGCUGAGCUGCGGAGGAGCAGAGGAGGCGGCGGGACCAGCCCGACCGCCACCAUCCUUCACUCUCGAAAACGUAAGAUCGCCUGUGCCGUCUGCAGCCUGCGCUUCUCCCAUAAGAGCCAGCUGCAGGAGCACAUGUAUGCCCACACAGGAAAACCGUCUCGCCACCACCGCUACAACCGCCUGUGCAGCCAGCUCGUCCAGGCCUCCACCCACAUCUGUGAGAGCACUCCUGAGGUGGGAGGAGGCGGUGCAGGAGGCGGUGCUUCUGCACUGGAGGAGGCCAACAGGGACAAUCAGGACAACGGCAGCUCGUGCUACUCCCUGGACUCUGAGAUCUCCCAGGAGAGCGUAGACGGUGUGCCGGUGGAGUGACAUCUUCGUGCCUUGAGAUUUGUGGUUAAUGUAAAGCAGCUUCACUUCCUGUCUGUCCCUGAGCGCCCCCUGCUGCUGUGUUGCAGCAAAAAUACAAUUUUAAAAAAGCCCCCUCAGUGAUGUAUUCAUCGCGGAUCCACCAGGGGGCAGAUUUGGGCCAAAUAUCCAGUGGUGUUUUAAUGAAUUGAGUGGAGAUUAGAAUUCGUAUUUCUGUGCCACAGAAACACUGAAAAAAGACAAACAAAAACAGCAGAAAAUCAGAAAAAUACAUUUAAAUCUGAUGUCUCACAGAACACUGUCCUGUAGGUGGCGCUAGUACCGUCUGUGUUUUAGACUGACUGGAUUUGUCAGGUAAUCCAUGAUUAGACACGAAUCUGACCAAAUCAGAAGUGUGUGGUCCAGAAUGUUCUG